AUGAAUGCGGACAAGCUGGUGGCCGACCUGCGCGAAAUAGAAGAGGACUACGAAGGGGGGGAGAGCGAGGGGGAGGACCCUCUAAUGCCGACGCAGAAGGUGACCUUCCCCAGUGGAAGCGUGAACAGAAAGCUAUUCGAUGAAAAAAUGAACCACCAUUAUACCAUUUUUAACACCAAAAAUGAGUUCCGAAAAACAGAAAUUAAUGUAGAAAAAACGCAAAUUGAAAUAAUUAACCAUUAUAUAUUUUUGCUCAAAUUGUUAAGAAGGAGAAAAGACGAAGAGAUCAUACGGGAAAUAGCAAAAUGCAUUGAAGUCACCUUUGAAACGGACAACGAUGAGAUGCAACAACUGUCCGAGGAAAAAUCAUUCCACAUGUACAAACAAUACCUACUGAAAAAUAAAUAUUUUUUUUUAAAAAUCUGGAGAAGUAUGAAAAAUAAAAAUUUCUACCCAGAUGUAAAACAAAUCAUUAAAGACACCACGAGAGAUGUUUUUUCAUUCAAUAGGCAGAUACAUAAUGGCAGUCUGGGUUUUAAGUCAAUCUUAUCCAAUCUGUACAAAUUACUAGGGAAAUAUUUCCAGUGCGAUUUUAGGAAAACCUUGUUGGCGUUUUUUCUUCUAAGUCUUAUGAGUCGAACUAAUAACACUGUCGAUAUUUUGUACACGCUAGAAUAUUACUUCAAAAACAAGAAUUUUUCCAUUAUUCUUCCAAAUAGCUCUUUUAUCUCUCCAUGUGAGUUAAGCAUUUGUAAUAACAUCAUUCUUCUGCGUAGUCAUGUAAAAUACUUCAUCAAGAUUACAGAGGAGUCGUCGUCUUUGCUGCCGUACAACUGCUACAACAUUAUCUACAUUGAUGAGAAUCUAAUAAGUGACAAUUUUUAUUUGCAUAUUUAUAAAACGCUGCUCAAGGAUUGCAAGCACCACUACCUUUUUCGGGACAACGAAUUAUUUGGCCAGGUAAACUUCUUUGAUGUUAAGUCUAACUGUGCCAAGUUGAAGUCAAAGGGGGUGUGUAAACCAGGGGAUCCCUCUCGACAAAUACCAACUAGCUACGACGCGACCAUCCACCCUAAUGGAGAAAAAACCGAAAGCAUCGAACAGCAAGGAGAUAACUUUGCAACCCUGUUGGACGAUGUAGAAGUUUCUUCCAGCUCCACCUAUAACUGCAGCGAUAACGAAAUUGACAUAAAAAACAUAAAUGAGAAAAAUCGACUGUACCGGGAUAAUAUACGUGACCAUUUGGGCAAACGAAGAAGGAACUUCUUUUACCAGUAUUUGAUUAUCGAGUUGAGUUCGUGA